CUACGCUACACCAACAAUAACAGUCUUAGUAUGGAGAAAUCAGGAAAUGAAAUUAUUCGUGAAUUUAGAGCUGAGAAAAAGAAAGGGAGCAUUGUCAAGAGAUUUAAGGAUGAAUUCUUUGCCCUAGACCUCAUACGUAUUAUGUAUGAUGACUCAGAAAAAUUGGUUGACAAGUUUGAAAUACUGGUGGCUCUUGAAGAAUAUGGACACCUGGGAAUUUCAAGUGAGAGUGUGGAUCAGGUGGUAACGUCACUCCUCGAUGUUUACCAUCAGGCCCAGGACAAGUCAGAAGCCAGCCACUUUGUGUGCCAGCUGCUAACAACAUGUACCAGUCUAAUCAUACAGAUGAAUCAGCUGGAGAGUGACCUGUGUGACUUGCUAGUGAAGGAGCUGGUUGCUAUAGUUACCUCCCGUGUGAACCAGCUGGGCAGCGAGAAUCUGCGCUCAUGUGCCUGUCAGUCACUGCUGCUCUUGGAGGAGACAUCUCCUGGUGUGGUGCUUGGUUACUAUGAGGAGCUGGUGCAGUGCUGCAGACAGGAGCGAUCUCACAUGUUCCAGGACUAUUGUCUCCUCACUUCCAGACUCAUGGAAUCUUUUGUAAAAAUAACUAAGGAGAAUCCAAUGUCACCAGUUGUUAGAAGCAAGGGUAAAGUUCAGAGGCAGUUUAGUGCGGAUGUUACUGACAUGAGGCAGACCGUAUCCUACCUUGUGGAGAACGUGCCCAUGUUUACCCGCUCAGCAACCUUCAGGGUCAUCCAUACACUCUCCAAUCUUAUCAAGACCUCAACGGAUCUCUCCCCAAUUAUCUUCAAGUCGCUGAUGUUGCACGAGAUGUCCACCAUGAGCUGUAUUGUCUUCCACACGGCUCUAUACCUGCAGCGAGUGUUUAAAGGCACUCUUCUGACUGUGCAAGAGGAGAGCAACCUAGUGCAGCGCCUGUGUCUCAUGACGAACCACCCAUGUCUCAACCAGCUUCAUCGGCAACUGACAACGCAGUGGGCACUUGGUUACAAACAGUUUGAAGAUGAACAGAUGGACACACGUGAGAGCCUGAUUUGUCAGUACCGACUGCAGUUCUAUCCCAGUGUGUUUGAUUCUGUAGACUGCCAGCUGGCCAAGCUCUACAUGACCUCACUGUGUGUGGACACCUCCUCAGACAACGAUGGUAUAGAGACCUCCAUCCUACUGGGCAGUCUGGGAUGCCUCCACAAGCUAGUGUGGCACACUGGGAGCAUGUUGGCGGCCAGGGCUCUCUUCAGGGCUCUCUACUUUAUCUACACCAGACAUAAUAACCCUCACUUCUCACAGGACAUUCAGAGGUUUGUGAGAGGACUGAUAUCUGAGUUUGCCCACUUCAUUCCACACUCGAUAGACUUCGUUGACAGCAUUCACGGUUUGAACAUCAACAGUGACAUAUUUGUGGAGACCCUGUCCUUGUUACAUCAGCAAGUCAUCAUGGCCACUGGCGAUCAGAUCUACACCAGCUUUCCAUACUACCUGCAGAUCAUGAAGAAAGUGGCUUCACAGCCGAAAAUUAACCAGUCUAGUACCCUGAAGUUUUUGAACUACCUGUCUGACAAUGCCCAGGAAAUUGAUGACAGCAGCUGGCAACUCGGACACAACAUCCUGGAUAUCUGCAGGAAUGUGAUCAUCAAUCAGGGGACACAACUCUACUACUCUGAUCUGUGUGAGCUGCUGUACUCACUGCUGACAGACUACAACAACACUGAUGUACAGGACCAGGCCAAGCUGUACUAUUGUCUGCUGAUCGCUGCAGCAGACAGCAAGGUGAAGUCAGUCCUGCAGCCCACACAGCGUGCAGUAGACUCGAUGAGCCAAGCUUUGUCAUCGCUACUACCAGGGACCACGGGGAAAUCCUCACUGGCCAAGAUAGUUCAUAUGGAGGGACCGGUGUUCACAUGGGAAAGGCUGUGUGUAACCCCUCAGUGGUUUGUUAGUGACACUUCAACACAGACAAGUGAGCAAUCCCCAGAUUCUGUGGCUGAGUAUAUUAAGAGGCUGUCAACAUUGGAAGUUGUGGUAGAAGUGAAGUGCAGACUUCACCUGGUGGACGCAUGCAGCUUUCCAGCUGUCCACGCAGUGUCCAUCAGUGUGGAGGAUUCCUUGACCUUCCAGCAUAUACCCAAAGUCCAUGUGCCAUGUAUUAGCAAAGGAGCACACCAUGACACUGUUCUGAAAGUAAAGCCCCUGCAAGCCAUCCCAAUAGCACUAAACAGCUUUGUAGACUUCUGUGCCGACACAAAGCAGACGUUUACCACCAGCAUGCCAGCUGUCACUGUGGAGUUUGUGCAUUUCAUGCUGCCAUUACCUUGGAAACAGAGCAAGGAAUUCAAAUUUGAAGAAUUGUGGAACUAUGUGGUUGAACCUUACAAUGAUAAGCCGAAAGGUCUAAAAUCUGUGAAGUUGUUUGAAGUGACUGCUGAGCAGUUUAUGAAAAUCCAUCAUCAACGCCUGGCCAAAUAUCUGGUGUCUUCCUCACCUGAUUACAGUGACACAAGGUACGCCAUGUUAGUGCCUCCCAGGAGCCAUGUCCUCCUCCAGUGUGAAGGUCAAGGUCAUACUGUGGUGGUCACUAUGGCAAUGGAUCAGAUUAGUGUUCUUCCUCAUGUUUCAUCUUUUCUUGAAAAUGUUUUCACUGUUUCACAUGGUUAGACUUGCUUUUAUGCCAACAGAUAACAAUUGCCCCCGUCAAAGUUUGUUGUUCCAAAUGUGCAAUAUUUUUUUUACAGUGUCUAAUAAGAUAAUAUUUAUUAUGCCCCCCUUCGAUGAAGAGGGGGUAUAUUGUUUUGCACAUGUCAGUCGGUCCGUUGGUCGGUCAGUCCACCAAAUGGUUUCUGGAUGAUAACUCAAGAACACUUAGGCCUAGGAUCAUGAAACUUCAUAGGUACAUUGAUCAUGACUGGCAGAUGACCCCUAUUGAUUUUCAGGUCACUAAGUCAAAGGUCAAGGUCACAGUGACUCGAAACUGUAAAAAGGUUUCCGGAUGAUAACUAAACAAUGCUUAGGCCUAGGAUCAUGAAACUUCAUAGGUACAUCGAUCAUAACUAGCAGAUGACCCCUAUUGAUUUUCAGGUCACUAAGUCAAAGGUCAAGGCCACAGUGACUCAAAACAGUAAAAUGGUUCCCGGAUGAUAACUCACGAAUGCUUAGGCCUAGGAUCAUGAAACUUCAUUGGUACAUCGAUAAUGACUGGCAGAUGACCCAUAUUGAUUUUCAGGUCACUAGGUCAAAGGUCAAGGUCACAGUGACUCAAAACAGUAAAAUGGUUUCCGGAUGAUAACUCAAGAAUGCAUUGGCCUAGGAUCAUGAAACUUCAUAGGUACAUUGAUCAUGACUGGCAGAUGACCCAUAUUGAUUUUCAGGCCACUAGGUCAAAGGUCAAGGUCACUGUGACUCGAAACAGUAAAAUGGUUUCCAGAUGAUAACUCGAGAACGCUUAGGCCUAGGAUCAUGAAACUUCAUAGGUACUUUGAUCAUGACUGGCAGAUGACCCAUAUUGAUUUUCAGGCUACUAGGUCAAAUGUCAAGGUCACAUUGACUCGAAACAGUAAAAUGGUUUCUGAAUGAUAACUCGAGAAUGCUUAGGCCUAGGAUCAUGAAACUUCAUAGGUACAUUGAUCAUGACUGACAGAUUACCCCUAUUGAAGCAGUAAAAUGGUUUCUAACAUAUUCACACAAUGGCUGCCACUACAACUGACAGCCCAUUUGGGGGGCAUGCAUGUUUUACAAACAGCCCUUGUUAUAAAUAUUAUUUUCUUGAAAUAUUUUUUUAGGAUUUUUAUGCAACUUCUGAAUUUGUUAUUUAGUAAUCAUUAUAUAUAAGACAUUAACUUGUUUCAACUUAUGUCUGUGUUUCAAUUAUGAAUGAAUGUCAAUUAUAGUAUAUUUUACAUAUAUUUAGUGAAAUAUUUUAAAUAAA